GCAAACUGAGCCAGUCCGCCAUUUUGUCUGAGUAUACUGUGAUAAACCAAUGGACUGAGACAUUGUUUGGUGCAAUAUAAAAGUGUUUAAAAAAGGACAACAAUUUCUUGGUGGAAUUCAAUCUUGAAAAGGGAAAAAGGAAAAUGGCUAAAGUCAUUUUAAUUUUUAUCAUUGCCGUUGUCGCUCAUGGUGUGUUUUCACUGGAAGAUGAUACAGUCGCAGAAGUGGUGAACAGCACAGACGUAGCUAUGCAAUCGGGUAUUUGCUUGAAAUGCAUAUGCAAGGAUGGCAAAGUGGACUGCUCCAGUCAGGGGCUCACCACGUACUUCUCUAAGGAGGAAUGGGCAGCUUUAAAAGACUUCAAACCUACAGUAGUUGACAUGAGUGAUAAUUCCUUUGAGAACAUCACGGUUAUGGCGGAGCUUCCCAUAGAGAUUCUAAAUCUAUCCAGAUGCGGUAUAGAGUCUAUAGAGUUCGCUGCCUUCCGAGACCUGCAGGACAUGAGGGUUUUAGACUUGAGCCACAAUAAAUUGACUUCAUCAUUGAGCCCGCACGUUUUCGAAGGUAGAUAUUCACCACAACUGUACGAGCCUCUGAUGUCUAUGGAAGUUCUGAAUCUCGGCUACAACGACCUGCACUCUUUAAAUUCAGACUUGUUCGAGCACUUAUCUCAGCUGACAGUGUUGGAUUUGAGCGGGAACCCUAUGACGACCAUUGAUUAUAGAACUUUAAUCUCCAUAUCCAGCUUGAGUCUGUUGAAGGUUCUGCGUUUGCGCUCGUGCCAACUGACAGAGGUCCCUGAGAAAUUCCUACACACUUUCCGAAACCUGGAACGUCUGGACCUGAGCGACAACCUCCUAGCUGGAGUGCCCGAGGAGUUGGAAGAGUCUAAGAACCUCCUCUACUUGAACCUCAACCAGAACCCCAUCAGGGAGCUGGAUGUCAAUUCUGAGGAGUAUCCGGGCUUCCCCCGUCUUCGGAAGCUGAAGGAACUGCAUAUGUGUAACAUGCCGAUCUUGAAGAAGAUCGGGCAGGGGGCGCUGGCAGGCCUUGAGAACCUGGAGAAGCUGCAUUUGAGUUUUAACCCACAGUUGACGUACAUAAGUCCUAAAGCUCUAGCACGUCCCGACGACAUAGGGGAGAAUUAUGACUGGCCUAUGGUGAAAGAGCUGUACAUGAAGUCCAAUGGUCUGUCCGAGUUGGAUUCUCGUCUUCUAUCCCGCUGGGACAUGCUUACCGCCAUAGAUGUGUCCGACAACCCAUUCAUGUGCGACUGUUCCACCCAAUGGAUGGUGGACACCUUAGUGCCGAUCGUCGAUAAGGUCAAACCGAACGCUUCUAAGGCUAUGGUAUGUUCAGAGCCUGAAGAGAUGAGAGGUUUCACCAUGAGGCAUGUGCAUGACAUCAAACGCACCAUGCGCUGCGUAGACAAGUACGGACACAGGCCAGAGAGGGACGGCGCUAUGCUCAUGGGCACUCUCAUCGGUGUCCUGCUUGCUGUUCCCAUUAUGAUGGGCGUGAUCUUGUUGUGGAAACGUGGAUAUUUCGCGUUCAUUGGAUUCAGGGGACCAACGGAAGUAUCCAGAGCGUUCUACAAGAGAGCACCCGAUAAUGACAACUUCAUGUAAAUUCAAGAUAGGAAAGUCGGAGUAGGAGAGAGAAUGUGUAAAUGUAAGAGAGGAAAGUGUAAAACAGGAUAGGUAGUGGUUACAAAAUCUAUUUUUUUUGUAAAGUAUUACAUGAGUGUCUUAAUAAGCGUAUUGUUUAUUUUUUAAUAAAAAAUAUUUGCAUUUAUUUGUUUGUCAAGUGUUUUUUUAUGAAUUUGUAAGUUACGUUACUCUAAAACGAACACGAGAGUUGAAGUUACUAUAUAUAUAGACUUAUUACAAUUUAGACUACGAUGCCCGUUGCUGGACUUAAUUUUAGAUACGUCUUGAAUUGAAAUUUAAAACAUAGGCCCGUAAUAUAAAAAGAUUCUCAGUGAUUGAUCUAGUCUUGAGCAUAGUUAGAAAGGGAUGUCGCUAUAUAUAGCACAUAGUGACAUCCCUUUCUAACUGUACUCAAGUUAAGAUCAACACUUAGUUGUCAUUCAGUAAUACGGACCUAAGAGUUAAGCACGCAAUUACGAAGAAUUGCUUUUGUUUUCUAGUUUUUAUGGGAGGGAAGCAGUAAGGAAAAAUGCAUUUGCUUUAAAUAAGAUAACUUUGAAUAUCUGUAUGUGUUCUGUUUAAAGUGGUAGAACUAUUGUGUUUUACUGUUGUUAAUAAUUUUAAAGGUAUCCUGAUUAUAAGCUUGCGCGAAAAAUUUAAUAUUGAAAAAAAAACCUAAUAUGUCAUAUAAACUGUUAGACAAAAUAACAGAGCUUUAGUCGUAGCAACGUCGUAGCUCUAAGUUCGGCCGCACUAGUUGUCAAAAUGAACUGACAGAUGUGAUGGGGGAUUCCCCGCAUAUGAGCGAGCGCGUUGUAACCUUGUGAUGUGGUUGUGUCUAUUAAAUAAAGAUAAUUUCUGAAGUAA